AUGGCUCUUCUCCGAGCGUUUUCUUUCCUCUCCCUCUUGGCUGCGUCGACCGCCACCGGUCCCUUCGAAGCUCCAGCCACGUCUUUGGGGACCCCCGGUAAGGAUGCCAGCUAUGACUACGUCGUUGUUGGUGGCGGCACGGCUGGGUUGACCAUCGCCGGGCGCCUGGCGCAGGAAGGAGGCUUCACGGUGGCUGUCGUUGAGGCCGGAGGCUUCUACCAACUCAAUGGCAAUCUCAGCGUCAUCCCGGCCUUUGAUAUCUGGUACGCGGGUGCUAGCCCGGACGAUACCAACCCCAACAUCGACUGGGGAUUUGUGACGUCUCCUCAAGCGGGUAUGAAUAACCGCGAAAUCCACUAUGCGCGAGGAAAGUGUCUGAGUGGAAGCUCUGCUCGGAACUACAUGACCUACCAUUGCGGUACCACCGACUCCUACUCCAAGUGGGCAACCGAGGUGGACGACUCGUCCUACGAGCUGAGCAACUUCUGGCCGUAUUUCCAGAAGACGGUGAACUUCACUCAGCCAGACAAUGAGCGACGGGCGGCCAAUGCCUCGAUUCCCGAGACAGACCGCUUCGCCAGCGGCUCCCCCCUACAGGUUUCGCACCCCGUCUACGCGAACCCCUUCUCUUCCUGGGUAAAGAAAGCUCUGCAGUAUAUGGGCUUCAAGGAGGCGAAGGACUUUGUCAGUGGCGAGCUUUCCGGGGUCCAAUACAACAUGGUCACUGUCGACCCGAGGUGGUCGACGCGUAGUUCGGCUGAGGAGUUUGUUCGCAGCAUCGGUGUCGCGGAUAACUUCAAGAUUUACAACGGCACUCUGGCGCAGAAGUUGGUGUUCAAGGGCACCACGGCAACCGGCGUCAAGGUUACCACAUCCGGAAAAGACUAUACCCUCUCGGCCAAGAAGGAGGUCAUCGUCUCUGCUGGCGCGUUCCAAUCGCCGCAGCUCCUGAUGGUCUCCGGUGUUGGGCCGGCUGACAUCCUGGAAGAGUUUGACAUCCCUGUCAUCUCCGAGCUCGCUGGUGUCGGUCAAAACAUGUGGGAUCAUCUUCUCUUCGGUCUCUCCUACCAGGUCACGACUCCCUCGCAUUCCGCCGUCGGAAACGCUGAGUACCUGGCCCAGGCCACUGAGGAAUACCUCGCCGAUGGCAGCGGCAUGCUAGGAAACCCCGGCGGUGAUAUCGUCGCUUGGGAAAAAUUGGCCGGGAAGCAGCUGAAGCGGCUGAGCGCGGACACGCAAUGCCGGCUGGGCGACUCAUUCCCCUCGGACUGGCCCGAGGUGGAAUACAUCACUCUGGAUGCCUAUAUGGGAAACAACCAGAACUACAUCACUGGAGCUCCCCAGACUCCCUACAUGUAUGUCAGCCCGGCGGCCUCGCUUGUCUCGCCCUUCAGCCGCGGCAACUUGACCAUCGCCUCCGCCAGCAUGGAGGAUGACCCGAUCAUCAACCCCAACUGGCUCACCGACACAGCCGAUCAGGAGCUGGCCAUUCUAGCCGUCAAGCGUAUCCGCGAGAUGGUCGACACUGACAUCAUGAAGAACGUCAUUGUUGGCACCGAGGUCUAUCCCGGCCGCGACAAGGUGUCAACGGACGCCGAAAUCCUGAACUUCGUGCGUGACAACGGAAUCCAGAUCUUCCACGCUGCCGCUACUUGCAAAAUGGGUACCUCCAAAGAUCCCCUCGCAGUUGUUGACUCGCAGGGUCGUGUCUUCGGCACCUCGCAACUUCGCGUCGUCGACGCUUCGGCCUUCCCCUUCCUUCCCCCUGGACAUCCUCAGGCCACUGUCUACGCUCUCGCCGAGAAGAUUGCGGCUGACAUUAUCGGAAAAUAA